UUCUUGCAUUAAAUCUCUCAUUAUAUGAAAAGCUUUCCUUGAGUAGCAACAGAUAACAACCCCUCACCAAACCUGGUUUUCCCUUCUUGAUAUAAAUCCCUCUCUCCCUCUCUCUCUCUCAUCUACAUCAGGUUGCCUGAAUCAUCACCAAACACAAAGACAUGGUGAACCUGGUGGCAGCACAGAAGCCAUUACUUCAUAGGCUAAUGAAAAUGGCAGGAGUGAAGCACCACACAGUAGAGAUUGAGCCAGGCACAGUCAUGAACUUCUGGGUUCCAACUGAAACCGUAAAAAAGCCCAAAAAAGGGGAAAAAGAGCCCAAAAUCUUGUCCAAACCAACCAAACCUGUACUUGUCCUAAUACAUGGUUUUGCUGCAGAGGGAAUUGUAACAUGGCAAUUCCAAGUUGGUGCCUUAACUAAAAAGUAUUCUGUUUACAUCCCUGACCUUCUCUUCUUUGGCAGCUCAACCACUGACAAACCGGACCGGUCGCCCAAGUUUCAAGCGGAGUGUUUGGUUACUGGUUUAAAGAAGCUAGGGGUGGAGAAGUGUAAAGUGGUCGGGUUUAGUUAUGGAGGGAUGGUGACUUUCAAGAUUGCUGAGUUGUAUCCUGAUAUGGUUGAAGCCAUGGUUGUGUCUGGAUCAAUCUUGGCUAUGACUGACUCUAUUAGUGAAUCUACACUGAGUAGUAUUGGUUUCACUUCGUCUUCUGAGCUGCUUCUGCCUUCCUCUGUUGAAGGUCUUAAGGCACUUCUCGCUGUUGCUACUUAUAGAAAGUUGUGGUUCCCCGGUCGGCUUCACAAAGAUUUUCUUGAGGUGAUGUUCACCGACAGGAAGGAGAGAGCAGAACUGCUGGAGGGUUUAGUCAUUAGUAACAAGGACGAAACCAUUCCCAGCUUCAGACAAAAAAUCCAUCUCUUAUGGGGCGAAAAUGACCAGAUUUUCAACCUACAGCUUGCACAAAACAUGAAAGAGCAGUUAGGAGACAAUGCAACCUUUCAAGGCAUAACAAAGGCCGGGCAUUUGGUUCACUUGGAGCGACCUUGUGUCUACAAUAGGUGCCUCAAGCGUUUCCUUGCUUCCCUCCCAUAGAUUUGUACACCAAAAACAUGCACGCAAGACCAAAAAUUACUACAUAUUACUUGUAAUCUGAAGCAAUAUUGCCAACUCUUAUGAAGUAGAAAUGGGAAGUUCUCUGUUGCUGAUGA